GACACUCCUUCCCUUGUUAUCAGAUUCAUCCCUUCGAUUCAUCCUUUGCGCAACAAUGCUUCCAGUGAAGAUUGUCUCCUUUCUUUGCUUGGUUUUCCUCGCAGAUGCUACCAGUGGUCUAAAACACCAGUCGCCAAUUGCUUUGAGCUUCCGGGGGUCAGUUGGUACUCCAGGAGUGGUGGACACGACAUACAGAUCCUCCUCUGCAAUCUUUGAAAAUGGCGGGGACAAAGAUCAUAGAGAACUUACUGUGGGAUUUCUUGGAGAUGCCGGGCAGUUUAAUCUUCUCCGGAAAAUAUACCACAUCGAAAAUGUUCACUUUCAUAUGCCAAGCGAGCACACCAUCGAUGGCAUAAGAUAUCCGAUGGAGAUUCAUGUGGUUCACAAGAAUUCCGAAGGGAACAUUGCAGUAAUUGGAUUGCUCUAUGAUAUUGGACCAAGAGCAAAUCCAUUUAUCACCCAGCUGGAACACUAUCUUUCCGGGUUAGCAUCCUCCCCCGAAGAAAGCAAUGCUGUGUUUAUAAGAACUAUCAACCCCGAACUGCUCCAAAUCCCUUCGGACAUGUUCUUCCGAUACAAUGGCUCGCUUACAACUCCUCCAUAUUCCGAGAAUGUCGUGUGGAAUGUUUAUUCCCAGCCGAGCAGUCUCACAACAAACCAGUAUUCGGCAGUCAAAGCUGCUUUGAAGGGAGAAAAUGCAAGGGCUCUUCAGCCACUGAAUAACAGGCUUGUUCAAUUGGUUCAGCUGGUUAGGAGUGACUUUCAUGAAAGAAGUUCCUUCUAAAGCUUUGAUCAAACAUAAUAAAAUGUCUCACUAAUAAAAAUAAAAAAAAGUAGUAGUAGUAAUAAUAAUAAUAAUAAUAAUUAUUAUUAUUAUUAUUGAGUA